CUCAUGUCACCGUUCGCAUCGGCUCGUCAUUCAAUCGUCACGUACGAUGCAACGAGCGGUCCAUGCAGCUAGGUUGGGUCCGCAUAACUCAGACAUGUCUGCACCAUUGCAUUCACCACCCCCUGGCGGCCCGUUGCUCCUCGUCAUAGAGCUGCGCCACUCUCCCGCUGGGCAGCCCGGAUGGGAAAUUGCGGGGGCAGAUAGUCGAUAUUCGGGAGCCCCAGUGACUCACCCGGCAGUCGGUCUUCCAGCGCCUCGAGAUGCAUCGGCUCGAACACCUGACGGCCGCCACACACCAUCACGUAGCCGACGUCAUCCCACUUGAACGGCGCCGAAUUCGGCGGGCCCGCUACGCGCUGCUCCUCGUCCGCUAUCGCCUGCACCACUAGAUCCUUCACGCUCAGCUUCCGCCCUUCCACUCGCCCCAUCACCAAGCACUUGAGCGACGACGCGGCAUCGCUCCGCAGUGCGUUGAUGCCGCCGACCGCGAAGAGAGGGGCAGCUGCGCGGAUGAAUCGGCCGAUGCCAGCAUUGACACGCCGGCCCAGCUGUGUCUGGUCCUCGAUGGCGUCCUUGGAAAUGGGGGCAAGGAAGGCGGCAAUGCGUUGGGCGAAGGGCUGCAUGUCCUCGUUGGCCGCGAUCAGCGUCUCUGCCAGCUGCUCCAUAGCGUCGAGCGCCCCGUUGAUGGCCGCCUCAGCGUGGCCCCACAGGUCCGCCAGAUGCUCACGGUGUGCGUCACGGCACAGCCGGUCACGGGCUGCCGUAUGUAUAUACGGACGAGCCCUGAUCCGAUAGGAUGCACCGAGCGUCAGCAUCUCGCGAAUGAGCCGUGAAGCCUCAGCCUCGUCUCGCAGAGACCCUGAGCUGUUGGCAAAUUUGCCCAGGGGGGUAAGUGCAUGGUUGUAGCCGAAUGAUGCAUCAGGUGUAUUGAUGAAUGCCAUGGUGGCAGCCCGGUUCUUUCGACACAGCCACCGGAAGGCCGCGAGGGACUCAUGUUGAGGGGCCGCGUGGACGAGAGAUGGAAAGGCAGUGGGCGGCAGUGGGUGGGGCUUGUCGAAGAGCAUAUCGCAGAAGGCCUCAUCCACACUCCCGCGUGGCGACCAGGAGCUCUUGAUAGCGGCCACUCGAGUGUCGUCCGUCACCAGUGUCGGGCUGAGCUUCACCAGCUUGAGGAAGAUGGGCGCGCAGGAGCGGUUCCUCAGCAGGCAAUCGAGUGCGUAAGGCCAGCGGCGGCCUGGGCCUGCCUUGAGGACACGCAGGUCUGCGUUGUGCUUGAUGGCCAUAUCCACCAGCGCCUCGUUGACCCGUGCCACAGCAAGGGGUAGCACAGCGUUGACGUCGGCGCCGCCCUCGAGCAUCGCGCUCACCACCGCCACACCCACGGCCUCGUCCGGCCAGAAGACACCCAGGAUAGCUUCCGGAUCCCACGAUGUCUUGUCAAUGGCUGGGGUGUCGAGGGCCAGCUCGAUGAGGAGGUGUUGCUGCAUCCCCGAAUCGCCGUCUUGACGACGAUAGACGCGCACCGUGACGGACGGGUCAGCUCCCUCGGCAAUGAGCUGCUGGGCUCGGGUGGGGGUCAUGGUGCGGUUGAUGAUGCCUUCCGCCAGCUGGUAAGUCUUCACAUUGGCACCCGGAGGUAGCAGGACGUCGUAGUAGCGCUUGCGCUCCGCCCGCAAGGUUCUCUCGAUGGGGAUGUACAUGGGCGGCGGAUUGCUGCGCUGUCGAGAGGCGGAGCUGUGGCUGCCGCCCUCCCCUUGUGCAGCACUGCUGCCAUCCGCCGCCCACGGCCACAUCACUCCCCCUGUCCGCCCAGCCGUGUUGGCCGUGUUGGCGUGGUGCAUGUGAUACUGCUGCAGUGGCGGUGGCGGCUGGUUCACAUGUGCUGGGGCUGGUGCGGGGCGGUGUGGCGACGACAGCACUAAGGGCGGGCUGGCCGAUGCACUGCCAAACCGCAUGGCAGCAGGGUGAGGGAGUGCAAUGAGGUGGGGCGGGGCAGCGGGCGGAGAUGGCCGGGGGGCAAACAAAGACGGGUGGGGGGGUAAGAUGGGAGGGGGCUGUGGGUAGAAGUGGCUGGGUGUGUUGGGCGUCAGGUAGUUGUGUGCCGGGCCGGGCGUCGCGGCACUCACCUGAGGCACAGGCCGACACGGAUAGACGCAGUGAGCGCAGUCAGUGGACAGACAGAUCGGUGGCUCAUGUGUUUGUGUACAGACAGACGUCCUCGCUCACUUACAGGCAGGUUGACGACGCGAGAAGUCGUCGAGGGGCCGCCAGCAGCGGGUGCAGACACGGCUGCACUGCCGACAGGCGCCUGUGCAUAACAUUAAGGGAGAGACCAUCUGGGCUGGUACAUGUACCUGCCUGUGUCGGUGGCUGCUUGUGUACUGUAAGUACCUGCUGUUGGUUGUCCUGAUGUGUCAUCUGCUGGAGUCGAUCGCGCAAGGGCAGCACACAGCAAGGCAAGAUGAUGCAUGCAGACAAGGGAGUGCUCAUGUUGCCCAUCUUGUCUUGUGUCUGUCUGUCUGAGCCUUGCAUGCGCACCUAAGCUACGUGAGGAGAUGAUAGGAGGCUGUCAAUGCGAGGCCAAGGAGACGAAGAUCUCAAUGGGCUGCAGGGAAAGAGAGAAAGGAAAGGCAUGGGGAAGGGCAUGGGGAUGCGCAUCAUCAUCUUCAUUACCUGAUGAAUUGUGCAUUCUGCAGUCACUAGUCUGCUGCUGCCGUAACUCCCUCUCCGACGGGAGGAAGCUCUUCUGGUGACGCAACGUAAUUGGUGAUGCG